GAUGAAAGAAGCCAUUUUUGCAAACUGUGUGUUUUUCCUGAGACUGACAAAAUUACACAUUCGGGAAAAGAAUAGAUUGAAGAACAGCAUUAAAGAAAAUGGUGGAAAGAUUCAAUUUGUGUUGAAUCAAGAGUGUACUCAUGUUGUCACGGAUUUUGCUGAUGCCCUCAGUUCCACUCACCUGAAAAGUAUCCGGAAAUUUCAGCUGCCUGUUGUAGAUGUUGAUUUCAUACAGGACUCCGUUGAUGUAGGGGAACUCUUACAGGCAGAUGAUUAUGAACCCCACAAAGCAUUGGCAUGGGCAGCUGGUGUGCCAGUGGAUUUGGUUCAUGGAGAUGACAACCAAAAGGAAAAGGAUACUACUAAAGAAGAUAACAAGAAUCAAUCCAUUGACAGCAGCAACAUAGACAGUCUAAGAUGGCUUUCGCAUGACAGUGAAAACAUUCCUGAUUUUCCAGAAGACUUUGAGGUUGCAAAGUAUGCUAUCCUAGAAAAGGUAAUAACUUUUCAUGUGAGAUACCAGGACAAUAAAGAGUAUGAGGCAGGUGUAUACACAUGUGCAUCUCUUUAA